CGCGGGGGAGUUCUUCAUCCGAUCGUCGAACAGUACAGUUCCUCCCUUGUGCUCAAUUUAGUGCAAGAUACCACGAUGUAAUAUAUUAAUAUUUUAAAAAUAUGUUUCGAUAUGGAAGAAACUAUCGCACUAAUAAAGUCUUGCAUAAUUUCUCAAAAAGGAGGCAUACCAAUAAAAUAUUUAAAUUAUGAAUUUGAAAAGAUAGUCGGGGAACCAAUACCUUACAUAAGAUUAGGAUUUUCUAGUUUACAAGAUUUAUUAGACAAAGUAGACGGAUUGAAGACUAUUAAAAGAGCCGAUGGGGUGGAAACGUUGCUAGUAAAUGAUCCCAAAAUUAGACAUAUAGUUGAUUUAAUUCAAAAACAAAAAGAAAAUUACAAGGCCAAUAAGUCAAAGCAUUACAAACGUUUUAUACCGUUUGAUUCAAAAAACUUCAAUAAUAUUACUCGUAAUAAUGGUAACUCGAAUAAUAAAAUAGAAUAUAAAGAUAAAAAGAAAGUUUGGUUCAACGAUAAUGCGAUAUAUAACAAACGACGGGAUGUUACGAUAAACGGAAAUCAGAAUUUAACUGCUUUGUAUUCGUUUAAUUCAGAGGAUGGAAAUUGUAAUAAAUAUUGGCUCUCUACAAAACGUAAUAACGAAUACAAGAAUAUUGUGGUUAUCGAAGCAUGUAAAACAAUAAAAGAGAAAACGAUUUAUGAACCGAUUAUUCUCAGUCAUCAGCUUAUAGGAGAUGAUUUUUUUCUACAACUGGUCAUACGAUAUCUUGGUCUACCUGUAUGGCGUCAAGCAGGAAAUAUGGCUCUUCAUUGCGGUUUGUGCAUAUCGGGACAAACGAUAAUCGAUUGCAUCAAAAGAUUGAACAAGGUGGAAUGCAUUUCUAAUAAAAUUGUUAUCAUGUUGGGAGCUGUUGAUAUUUAUAACGGUGAUACUUCGUACGACUUGAUCAAGAAUAUGAGAAAUUUGUUAAAGGUAUUAAAAUAUAAAUUUGCCUUCUCCAACUCGGCAAUCAAAAUUUGCACUAUUCCACCAUUGGCAAAUUUAUCUUUGCACGGGCACGUUAAUAAGGUAUCAACUCUUUAUUCUUUCAACAAUUGGAUCCGAUGUUUGAACUGUUCAGAAAAUAAAAGUCUCGACAACGUCGAUGACAACCAUUAUCAAAUAAUCGAUCUUUUUCAAUAUUUUACGGAUGAAAAUUUUACCACGCAAUACCAGUGGUUUCAAUUAAAUGCGCGCAUGGUUUCCGGUUGUAAGCAUCCUUACGUUUUGUGGAAUAAAAAUGGACGAAAGCGCGCGAUGGAAGCGUUAACCGCUAAAUUGUGAGUUUACUCUUACUUGUUAUUUAUUUAAAUGUUUGGCAUUGAUUAAAUGUUGCGGUAUUUUUUUAUAAAAAUAUACAAGAUCAACUGUUAAAGUUUCGACUGUCUCGACGUCCUUAUCCGUUGCGCUCGUAACGGAUUGCUUUUUAAGGAUUAUCAGACGCUUGAAACGUCAGUGAUCGAUGUGAUCGUAUUGCGAAUUUUAUUUGCAAGUUGAUCGAAGUCUCCUCUCUCUCUCCAUGUUUGCAUUUUAUACGUGUUCUCAAUGUUUAUUAUUAUUAUUGUCAGUAUUAAUACUAUUAUCAUUACUAUUAAUAUUAGAAUCGAAUUUGAAAGUGUAGAAGUAACGCUGUAAUAUAAUAUAUCGGAUAACGUAGACGAAAAUACCUAUUUUCAUCGGAUCUAUUGUCCUUUGAAAAUUGUUCACGGCUCGUAGAUCAAGUGAGAAAUUAGUUUUGCUAAUUGAAAAAAUACAUCGUAAGUACGAAUAACGAACAAUACCCUUGCAGCACGGUAUAAAUAAAGUUUAUAUUGAUAAAUUUAAUUUAACAAUGGCGUAAAGAAAUUUAAAAUGUUUGCGGCAUUCUUAUAAGACUGAUACACUCAUAAAAAUGUACUUAUUUUUUAAAUUUCUCUACCCAUUGACCCUCACGAUUAUUGUUCGUUUAUUAUUCGUACGAGCUUCUUAUAUGGAGCAAUAUUUCUACGCAGUCAAUCGCGCAUGAUCUUGAAUUUUUUUGCCACGUUCUACAUUAUUCGCAUAUAAAAUUAUUAGACUUCUUAGUUUUACAAGAAAUUAUUAUAUAUUCUUUGUAAUGAGUCAUAAUUAUCUUAGGUGUCGAAAAAUUGCGCGGCAAUUAUUUAUAAAUUUUAUAAAGACAAAUCAUAUUGUGUGUGUGUGUGUGUAUGAGAUAAAAAAUUUUCAAAAUAAAUGUCUAUCAACGGAUCGAAGAAAAUCGAGGCACUUUUUUUCGAUCCGUUUGAUUAUUAUCAAGUAAGGCGCCGUAAUACUAAUGUUUUUCUAAUCAUAAAUAUUUAUAAUAAUACUUUUAAUUGUACUAUUCUAAAUACUAUAAAGUUCUCCAAUGAGCGAUAUUAAAAAGGAAAUAUCGAUUGUAGUCGCAUUAUAAUAAGAAUUAAUUUUUAUAAUUAUAUCCUAUUUAAGCGUACAACGAACAUAUAUAUAUACAUUCACAUAUAAAGAAACAGCUAUUGCCAUCGUCUGCAAAGAUAGUUUCUUUUUUAUUCGUGACAAUUUAUAAACAUGUAUAAAAAUUACAGAAGUAUGAUGCAUAUAAUAUUGAUAGAGCAUCUUGGUUUAAUAAAUUGUAAAUGAAUUUUCAAACAAUUUCGCUAGAUCCUCUUCCGAUUGUUCACGUGGCGCCAAUUUUGUUAUCCGAUGCUAUAAAGAAAGAUACAACUGUUUCAAAUUUAUAAAAAUAAGAAAAUACAAUACAGCUCUGUAAUAAAUAACUUGCGAUGUGAACAAUUUAACGAAUGUAUAAUCUUCGAAAUUGUUAUGUAUGUAAUAACCAAGCAAGUAUGGUGACCAAUAAAUCACUCAUACUCUCGUAA